UCUAAAAUGACACCGAUAUACCGAACGGUGCCCGUAAAAUGAAAACGAUGGAGCUAGGAACAACUUAACACCAAGAAAUAAGAAAUAGUACAUAUGCCAUGAACUAUUUUUAUUGCAUCUUACACUGUAGUGAAAUGUUGUAAUGUAAAGGCGAUUCAUCCAGAAAAUGGCGGAUGAGUACUGCCGAAAUAUAUUGCGGAUCAGUCUUGCCCAAAUUUGUCAAAAUCUUGGAUGGAAUGCUGCUCAAGCGACACCUCUGGAGCUUCUUACCGAUGUUUUGGAGAGAUAUCUCCUGGAAGUAGCCAAAGUUACCCAUCGUUACUCAGAGCAGUUUGGGAGGACCGACCCUAACUUAGAUGAUCUGGGCUUAGCGUUUGGACACUUAGGUAUACAACUAGGAGAAUUGGAGGACUACGUUCACCAUGUUGACCCAUUGCCAUUUGCCCAAGAGGUUGUGGCCUUUCCGGCUCCAAAAAGAAACAACCUUCAGUUCCCCAGAUAUGACAGCAGAGAAGUGCUACAAAGGGAGGAACACAUUCCUGAGUAUCUGCCAGCAAUGUUUCCUGAAGAGAUUGAGACUCCACAGUCUCCUCCUCCACACACCCAGCCAGAAACCUGUCUGCUUCCACUCCCUCCGACCACACCCUUGGCUGUCUCACCCUCUGACAUUCAAGUGGAUGGUACUUCAGUCAGCCCAGGAUUGUCCGACAAGCGCCUCCUGACCAGUCCACCAUCUGGGGGACCACCUUCCAAAAGGAUCAGAUUAACCACUCUACCAGAAGAGGCAGCACAUUCACAGUACGAGAUGAAGAGCAUGGCGAUGACUGUUGCUGGGGAGGUGAUGCCGACAGGUGGCUAUAUAGGCAAACUUCCUGAUGCUAAAACACCCCCUCAAGGCUUUCCAAAGAGGUUUCCAAAGGACAACACUCGAGGUUCUGCUUCAAAAUCAGCAUCUUUGCUGCCUGUGGCAAGAGAUAUUCUUUCCGAAUUAAAUAGCAAAAAGGAUUCAAAUGAAGGCUCCCAAAAAAAAGACAAGGAUAAAAGUUCUUCAAAUUCAUCAUCAAAAAAGAGUGGAGUAAAGAAAAAAUCAAAUACCAGCUCAGAAAAGAAAGAUGUGUCCAAGUCAAGAAGUAAAGUUAAAAAGGGCUUACUAACUCCCAAACCAAGGCCGAGGCCGAGGUCAAGGUCAAAGUCACCAGCAAGGGCUAAGAGUCCAAAGGGAGGGGGGACUAAGAAGGGACAGAACAAGGUGUUUAGUGAUAGUGGUGCUGGACUUUUCUCAGAAACAAUUAUGUUGGAGAGACAGAAAGGGCCCAGUUCAGAAAAGGGCAGGUCUAGUUCCCCAAGUGUUAAGAAUAAAGAUGAAUCCCUCUACAGUGCAGUCACAUCUCAUAAAAACAAAGAUUCACCUAGAUCUAUUCCUCUGGAUUUGAGUUGUAAACAAAAGGUUUCUAAACCCAGCGACUUGGAGGAAAAGAAACGUAGACUAGAUGCUAUUCAAAGUUCUAUUGACAGUGUGUUAAGACAAUCAACAUUAAACCAAACAGAAAAGGAGCCAGACAUUCCAGAUGACUCAUUUGUUCCAGUAGAAAAGGAAGUAGAAAAAGAAGAUUCUAAGCCAAUUGAAAAGAUAAAAGAUUUAAAUUUGAGUUCCUCUAUAGAUGAUACUAUCAAUGCUGUGAUAGGGGCAGCAGAUAGGGACGAUACACCGGUAGGGUUAACUCCCGUGUUGGUGAAGGAGGAGGUUAUAGAACAGGAUGUUGUUACACCAACACCUGCCUUGCCUCAGUCACCAGUUUUGACACCAGUGUUAACACCUCAAACCUCUCCACGCAAAAAAGGGAGACCACCCAAGAAAGGUAAAAACAAAGGCAAUAAGAAACCUUCCACUCCACCUGUGGCUCCGUCUGUUGUAGAACCACCACCUAUUAUGGAACCCAAGUCUCCAAAAGAUGAGAAGUUUGCUGUGUUUGACUUUCCCGAGAGUCCACCAAUGAGAUCCACUCCUAAACCCAGCUUUCCUGCCCCUGCCCCUGCCCCUGCCCCUGCCCCACCUGCUCAAGCACCAACUGCUCCCCGAAGUCCCAGUCCUGAACCUGUGGAAGAAGUGCCACCGGUUGUGGUGGAGGAACUACCCCCACCUGUGAUGGAGGAACCACCCAUUAACAUUAAGGUGGAUGAGAGUGCUCCUGUAGCACCUAUAGCAGAAAAAAGUCACAGCAAGGAUAAGGAGAAGCACAAAUCUAAGGAGCAUAAAAAGGAAAAGAAAGAGAAGAAAAAGGACAAAGAAAAGAAAAAGAAAAACAAAGAUAAAGACCGGGACAAAGAGAGAAGCAAACACAAAGACAAGAGUAGCAAGUCACCUGGUACUUUCCCUACUGGUUUGACGAAGCUGAAGAUUCGACUGGGCAGUUCUCCCUUCUCAUCGACUGUGACUUACAGUUCCAAGGCCAAGGAGCAGUCUCCAUCAGGGUCUCCAGCCCAGAGGCCGGAGAUACCAAAACUGGUCAUCAAACCAAUGCCUCCGCUGCCCUCUAGUCAGGAAAGGGGAUCUGACUCACCCAAGACAUCAUCUAGCAGUGCUAAAUCCAGUAAAAAGGAGAGUAAAUCUAAAAAGGAUGUCGGCCAUAUUGUCGUGAAGAAGGAAAUUUUCCCAGAAAAACUCCCCACUACACCACCACCAGUACCUAGGACACCAUCCCCAGCUCCAACAGCAAAAACACCCUCCCCAAUGAAGAAAACACCUUCACCUGUUCCAGUAAAACAUGAACCCUCAUCUGUGCCUCCGCCCAAGCCUAUGACUCCAGUGCCUCCGCCCAAGUCUGUGACCCCCGUGCCAAAGUUUACAGGGUCAGAAUCACCAGACCAAAGUUCCCAUGAUAAACCACCCAUUCUCAAAAUGGAAAUGAUUGACGAGCCACCAGUGCUGACACCACAACCUUCCCCUUGCCACAAGACUCCAACACCUCCACCCCCCAGGAAUAGAACCCCACCCAGGGUUCCUAUCAAACCUGCUCCUUCUCCUGUCCCUAGCCCUAAACAUCCCCCGUCACCCAUGCCUGUAUACUCCCCUUCACCUGUCCGAGUCAACUCUCCACCUCCUUCAGCAUUUACCUCUAAGUCAAUGUCAUCAUCUCCAGUAAAAACACCUUCACCUUCUCGCACCCGUACACCCUCUCCCAUCCCUUCACUUCCCCCCACACCCAUCCACCAUCCAUCCCCUACCCCUUCUCCUACACCUACGAAGCCCCCUACACCUUCCCCAACCCCAACACCUGCUCACUCUCCCUCUCCUGGCCCCCUCGUUAUAAAAGAAGCAUCUGACAUUCCACCUAUGCCACCACCCUCCAUUAGUAGUGCAUUACAAGCUGCAGCGACUGCCAAGACAGCCCUCCAGAGAACCGUUACCUCCGAGACUAUCGGGAGCUUUUUAGAUACCUCGUCUGGGGAGAAGAUCUGGAUCUGCCCUGCUUGUAAACGUCAGGAUGACGGCAGCCCCAUGGUUGGCUGUGACAUCUGCGAUGAUUGGUAUCAUUGGGAAUGUAUAGGGAUAAAUAAAGAACCUGAGGAGGAUAGCUGGUACUGCAACAAGUGUUUAGCCCCGGCGAGGAAACCAUCCAAACGUGGGCGUGGGGGUGGACGGGGUAGGGGCCGAGGCAGAGGCAGGAAAAAAUCUUUGAAAGACUAAUGUGUAUUACAAAACAAAUGACUAUAUAUUUUUUGCUGUUCAGACGGAUACUAAAGCAAUAAGUCCGGGCUGAAUUACAAAUCUGAACAGUUUUUUGGAGUAGAGCAGGAAGGAGAGUUCUGAGGAAACACUGCUCUGUGUUUAGAUUCUGUUGUGUUCCACUAUUGUUUGUGUACGUUACAGGUAGAUUGGAAACUCUUGUUUUAAUGAUUUGGCUAUAUUGAAUAUAAUUGUAUGAAACAGAUCUAGAGUACAUAAAUUAUUAUGAGGUGUUUUAUAAGAGAUAAUUUAUGUUAAAACAACUUCAGGUAAAUUGUACCACAGCAUUAGUUAUAAUCGCAGAGAAGAGCUUCACUCAGAGUGUCACUGUGGUUGUAAGGUUUCCAUAGUAACUGUUACUGUGGUUGUAAAGUUUCCAUAGUAACUGUAACUAUGACUAAGGUUUCCAUAGUAACUGUCACUGUGACUAAGGUUUCCAUAGUAACUGUCACUGUGGUUGUAAGAUUUCCAUAGUAACUGUUACUGUGGUUGUAAAGUUUCCACAGUAACUGUCACUAUGGUUGUAAGAUUUUCAUAGUAACUGUUACUGUGGUUGUAAAGUAUCCAUAGUAACUGUAACUAUGACUAAGGUUUCCAUAGUUACUGUCACUGUGACUAAGGUUUCCAUAGUAACUGUCACUAUGGUUGCAAGGUUUCCAUAGUAACUGUAACUAUGACUAAGGUUUCCAUAGUAACUGUCACUGUGAUUGUAAGGUUUUCAUAGUAACUGUCUGUAUGGUUGUAAGGUUUCCAUAGUAACUUACUGUCACUAUGGUUGUAAGGUUUCCAUAGGUUUCCAUAGUUAUGUAAUAGCUAGGGGAUGAUAUUUAUCUAUCCGAAUAGCAUUUGUCUGGUAUGAAAGAAGAUGUAAGUUUGGAUUAAUUGCAUGUACCUGUUUAGAAGCCUGAUCAGGUGAAGAUAUGUCUUAAUUACAUCUUCCUGUAUGUUUCCUCAUGUGAGAUAUUUAUAAAUGGCAGCAAUUUGUUUUAUGUUUCAAAGGUUUUCUCUGUUGAUAAUUGUAUAAGAUACCAGAUUUAUUUGUCAUUAAGUUUAGGGUAACUAAAACGUGUUACAUAAUGCUAAGGUUUCAACUAAAAAGCAGUUCUCCAAUUGUGAAACUGGCUUAACACUUUUUGUUAACAAGUAGAAAUGCAUUGGGCAGAAGAAAUUAAAUUACAAAAAAAUGCAUUUUAUUUACAAAAUGUGACUCUGUAAACUAGAGGCACCUAUUGGUUAUAAAAAGAUAAAGGUACUGAUAAAGUGUUAACAAACUCAAAGCUGUAAAUUUCAGUUUUACGUUUAUGAUUUCUUUUAUAAAACUAGUUUGUUGAACCUGAAUCCGUUAAAGUGUUCAUAUUCACUGUACGAACCGUUAAAGUGUUCAUAUUCACUGUACGAACCGUUAAAGUGUUCAUAUUCACUGUACGAACCGUUAAAGUGUUCAUAUUCACUGUACGAACCGUUAAAGUGUUCAUAUUCACUGUACGAACCGUUAAAGUGUUCAUAUUCACUGUACGAACCGUUAAAGUGUUCAUAUUCACUGUACGAACCGUUAAAGUGUUCAUAUUCACUGUACGAACCGUUAAAGUGUUCAUAUUCACUGUACGAACCGUUAAAGUGUUCAUAUUCACUGUACGAAUAUUGACUUCAACCACUAAAAAUAUCUAAAUAUAAUGAAUGUGUCACACAUACAGUAGAUGUAGACACACGGUGGAAUGUUACGAUAUUUACAGGGUUUAACAUUACAGCUGAACAACGAAAUGAAUGUAUUGGCCCUUCAUGGAAUGUCAGGUUUAUACAUUGGAGAUCUGGUUUAUACAUAGUAGGUCUGAUUUAUACCAGGUGUAUAUUCUACAAGUUUCGGUUUAGAGAUGUUACGCUAUACAUUAUAUAUUGGGAAGUUUUAAGUGUGAAGUAAAGCAUUGUGUUAAGGACAAACUAAAGUCAAACACUAGAAUUCUCAUGUGUAGCAUUUUUCAUAUGUGUAAGGAUUUAUUUUACUAUUUUAUUAUGGUAAAAUUAAAGUAGAUAAAAUGUUCAUUUUCAUUUGUAUUUAUUCAUUAUUCAUUAUAGUUUAGACAUUUUUACGUUUUAUUUAAUAUGAAGUUGAAUGUUCUUGGUAGAAAGGACAGAUAAUUGAUGGAUGAAGAUGUAUACAACUGUAAUAAAAUUGUAUACAGCUUAUUUUGACAGUGU